UCGUGCUAGGCGGGUUGUUGUUGUUGCUGUGGAGAUAGAACUGGUCCGACAGAGUUUAGCUCGCUUUGGACUCCCAACAGGAACACAACGGUACCGUUUAAAGAGGAACUUACCCCCGGUGAUAUGGCUGCUGCAAACUACCUACAAUCUGAAGAUCAGUUUCUGUGCUCCAUCUGUCUGGAUGUGUUCACGGAUCCUGUGACUACAUCAUGUGGACACAACUUCUGCAAAAACUGCAUCACUGAACACUGGAAUACUAGUGACAGGUACCUGUGUCCGAUAUGUAAGGAGAGUUUUACCACAAGACCUGAUUUGAGGGUCAACACUUUGUUCUCUGAGAUGGUUGCUCAGUUCAGACAGUCAGCUCAACAGAAAGCCAGCAUCAGCUCAGAGCAACAAGUGUCCAAACCAGGAGAAGUUCCCUGUGAUGUCUGCACUGGAACCAAACUGAAGGCCCUGAAGUCCUGCCUGGUGUGUCUGGUCUCCUACUGUGAGACUCACCUGGAGCCUCAUCUGACACUGUCAGGCCUGAAAAGACAUCAGCUGAUCGACCCUGUGGAGAACCUGGAAGACAGGAUGUGUACGAAACAUGAUAAACCUCUGGAGCUGUUCUGUAAGACCGACCAGACAUGUGUCUGCAUGCUCUGCACUGUUUUAGACCACAAGAUGCAUGAUGUUGUUCCUCUGAAAGAAGGAUAUGAAGGAAAGAAGGCAGAGCUAGGGAAGACAGAGGCUGAAAUUCAGCAGAUGAUCCAGAAGAGACGACUGAAGAUUGAGGAGGUCAAACACUCAGUCGACCUCAGUGAGGAAGAUGCAGACGUAGAGAUAGCAGAAGGUGUUCGGGUCUUCUCUUCUCUAAAGGAGUUUGCUGACAGAGGCCAGACCACUCUCAUCAAAACAAUUGAAGAGAAGCAGAAAACAACAAAAAGAAAGGCUGAAGCUUUUGUCAAAGAGCUGGAACAAGAAAUCUCUGAGCUGAAAAAGAGAAGAACAGAGGUGGAGCAGCUCUCACGCUCUGAAGACCACCUCCAUCUUCUCCAGAGUGUCCAGUCCCUAAACACCAACCACCCUCCACCCACCAAGGACUGGACAGAAGUUGGCUUUUCGUCACCAUCAUAUGAAGGGAUUGUAGUGAGAGCUGUGGCAAAACUCGAGGAGACCCUUGGUGAAGAGAUUAUCGAGCUGCUCCAAACAGAGCUGUGGAGGGUCCAGCAUUGUGCAGUGGAUGUGACUCUUGAUCCUGAUACAGCACAUCCUAAUCUCAUACUGUCUGAUGAUGGGAAACAAGUGAGUAAUAGUGAUCUAAAGAAGAAUGUUCCAGACAAUCCAGAGAGAUUUGAUGUUUGUAAUUGUGUUUUAGGAAAACAGAGUUUCUCUUCAGGCAGAUUUUACUUUGAGGUUCAAGUUAAAGGAAAGACUGAUUGGGAUUUAGGAGUGGCCAGAGAGUCGAUCAACAGGAAAGGAGAAAUGACACUGAGUCCUGUGCGUGGUUAUUGGACUUUAUUGUUGACAAAUGGAAAUGAGUAUGAAGCUCUUGAUGACCCUGCUGUCCGUCUCUCUCGGAAGUCUCGGCCUCAGAAGGUGGGGGUGUUUGUGGAUUAUGAGGAGGGUCUGGUCUCAUUUUAUGAUGUAGAUGCUGUAGCUCUUAUCUACUCCUUUACUGGCUGCUCCUUCACUGAGAAACUCUUCCCAUACUUCAGUCCUGGUGAUGAUCAUGGUAUUAACAACUCUGUACCUCUGAUCAUCUCAGCUACCAGUGUGUGUCAGUGUGACUAUUAAGAUCUUAUUUCAUGUAUUGAUUUAUUUUCAUUCAAGGGAAACAAAUGUACAUAUUGUCAAGAAACACAGGUCAUGGGGAGAAUAUCUACCUUGUAUUAAACCGACUACUUUCAGUUGCAGAAGAAAUCCGUCGCUUUAGACAGCAAAUUUGUGAAGCUGCAGUUUUACAGUAAAUUUGUAAAAAUACUGGAAAAUAACACUGAAUGUGCUGCAAACGUUUUGCGCAGCGUGAUUGUCUACAAAGUCAAUGCAAAGACACAACAUAAUUUGUGUGUUUCAAAUUUCAACUUAAGCAAGAAAUUUGUGUGGUGCCAUUUAGUUAAAGCUUAUCAGCGUCGAGAUUCUCCUGCAUAGCAGGAUGGAAAGAAACGUAGUUUGUGCCUCAGCUCUACAUCAAGCAGAAACCUUUGGUGCUAAAAAAGUAAGCUAACACGGAAGUGCCAAAAACUGCAGUUCCUCGAGUUGCCACCUCUUUGUUUAUUUUUGGAUUAGCCGGGAGUUAGGCACUGCCAAGAUUGCCCAGACCGGAGCCACCUGGAGCCGCCCACAAUUUUAUGUGAUGUUUGAUUUACACUUUAUUCCAUUUUUUAUCAUAUGGUUAAAUGUGCAGCAAUACUUUGCAAAUUGAAUCAAACUUCAUCUUGACAUAUUUGGUGUCUUUAGAAACUGAUUUCUUCUGGAAGUUACAAUAAAUAUCUGUGGGUUUAAAUAGAUAUCCACAUAACGUGUCAUGAUGCAUCAAGUUAAUGUAUUGAUGAAUUACGACUAGAAACAAAGCAAUUGCAGAUAUCCACAAAUGGAGAAAAAAAAGAACAACACAAAUGUUUUUUUUCUCAUUUUAAAUAUGUAAAAUUAAAGGUAAAGUACAAAUCUGAUGGGCCAUUUAUAAUUUAAGAGGUAUAUGGUGUAAAUUGGUUGUCUGAUGUUUUUUAUUUUUUAUAUUCCUCAAUAAUGAGACAGGAAAGAAAAAGUCUGAAUUAUUGUGGCAUAAUUGCAGAAAUAAAGUUUGUUUGUUGGGACCAAGAA